AAAACAGGCCUGUUCCUUUAAGGGGAUUGGCUGUCAAUCAGAAAGCCCUUUUCAUUGCAGGAGAAGAGGACAAAGAUACUCAGCGAGAAAAAGUAAAGGACCGAAGAAGGAGACUGGAGAGACCAGGAUCCUUCCAGCUGAACAAAGUCAGCCGCAUAGCAGACUAGCCAGCCGGCUACAAUUGGAGUCAGAGUCCCAAAGACAUGGGCUUGUUAGAGUGCUGUGCAAGAUGUCUGGUAGGAGCCCCUUUUGCCUCCCUGGUGGCCACUGGAUUGUGUUUUUUUGGGGUGGCACUGUUCUGUGGCUGUGGACAUGAAGCCCUCACUGGCACGGAAAAGCUAAUUGAGACCUAUUUCUCUAAAAACUACCAGGACUAUGAGUAUCUCAUCAAUGUGAUCCAUGCCUUCCAGUAUGUCAUCUAUGGAACUGCCUCUUUCUUCUUCCUUUAUGGGGCCCUCCUGCUGGCUGAGGGCUUCUACACCACCGGCGCAGUCAGGCAGAUCUUUGGCGACUACAAGACCACCAUCUGCGGCAAGGGCCUGAGCGCAACGGUAACAGGGGGCCAGAAGGGGAGGGGUUCCAGAGGCCAACAUCAAGCUCAUUCUUUGGAGCGGGUGUGUCAUUGUUUGGGAAAAUGGCUAGGACAUCCCGACAAGUUUGUGGGCAUCACCUAUGCCCUGACCGUUGUGUGGCUCCUGGUGUUUGCCUGCUCUGCUGUGCCUGUGUACAUUUACUUCAACACUUGGACCACCUGCCAGUCUAUUGCCUUCCCCAGCAAGACCUCUGCCAGUAUAGGCAGUCUCUGUGCUGAUGCCAGAAUGUAUGGUGUUCUCCCAUGGAAUGCUUUCCCUGGCAAGGUUUGUGGCUCCAACCUUCUGUCCAUCUGCAAAACAGCUGAGUUCCAAAUGACCUUCCAUCUGUUUAUUGCUGCAUUUGUGGGGGCUGCAGCCACACUGGUUUCCCUGCUCACCUUCAUGAUUGCUGCCACUUACAACUUUGCCGUCCUUAAACUCAUGGGCCGAGGCACCAAGUUCUGAUCCCCUGUAGAAUUCCCCUCCUCUAAUAGCAAGGCUCUAACCACAUAGCCUACAAUGCUGCGUCUCCCAUCUUAACUCUUUGCCUUUGUCACUGAUUGGCCCUCUUCUUACUUGACGAGUGUAACAAGAAAGGAGAGUCUUGCAGUGAUUUAGGUCUCUCUGUGGACUCUUCCCUCUUAUGUACCUCUUUUAGUGAUUUUGCUUCACAGCUGGUUCCUGCUAGAAAUGAGAAAUGCCUAAGAAGGUGACUCCCCAAUUACAAGUCACAAAGGAAUGGAGGCUCAGAUUGAAUUUUCAAGCAUCUCUUGAGGACCAGGAAGUGCUUUCCUUUCAAAGAGUACUUCCACUGAUGGAAACAAAGUGGAAAGAAUGAUGCUCAGGUAGAGAGAAGGAAUGUCCUUGGUUUCCUUGCCAUCUAUAGGGAAACAAAUAUAUUCUCAUCAGUGUAAAAAACAGAGAACUCACUUCUGUCUCCCUAUUACCACUGAUGAUAGAAGAAAAAAAAAAUGCCAGCAAAAACAAUAAGAGCAUUUGCCCAAAUCUGCCUAUUGCAGCUGGGAGGAUGGGGUCAAAGCAAGGAUCUUUCAUCCAUAGAAAGAGAGCGCUGACCCCAAUGGUGAUGGACUAUUUAAGUCCUAACUCAGCCAACCUCGCUUAUAGUAUAAGGGAGCACAGUGUCUGUGUAGACAAAGGGGGCAUCUGGUCUUACACCUCGUUAGGGAAGAGAAACAGGUCAUUGUCAGCAUCUUCUCACUCCUUUCUUGCUAACUGCUACCAUGACAACCCUGUGGUUUCCAAGGAGCUGAGAAUAGAAGGAAACUAGCAUGUGUGAAAAAAAACUGGCCUAAGGUGCAGCAGUUGCUGGUGGCUAAUGGUGUAACCUGAGAUGGCCCUCUGGUAGACACAGGGUAGAUAACUCUUUGAAUGGUAUGUAUUUUUUCUGUUAAUUAGUUGUGUACUCCAGCCUCUGUCAUAUCUUCACAAUGGUGCUCUUUUCAUGGGGUAUUAUCCAUUCAGUCAUAGUAGGUGAUUUGAAGAUCUUGAUUUGUUUCUGAAAGAUGCAUAUUUCGCAUAUUCCAAUUUGUUUAUCACUGGUUUGGGAUUGUAUCAGAAAGGUCUGGAGAGUGAUUCCUUGAUUAUGAUUCUUAAAAAAGGAAAAUUGGGCAUUAAGCAUCACAAAUGAUAUUAAAAACUGGAUAGUCAAAAUCUAUUGAGAUUUUGUACAAGUUUUCUGCCCUUUGCAGAAACAGAUUUGGUGAAUUUGAAACUCAAUUUGAAUAACCUGUUUGAUCAUUCUUUCUAGCUAAUGGAAAAUGAUUUUACUUAGCAAUGUUAUCUUGGUGUGUUAAGAGUUAGGUUUGACAUAAAGGUUAUUUUCCUCUGGUAGAGACCAAAUAACAGAAUUCACCAGCCGUCAGCUAUUCAGUUGAUAAGCGUUCACAGAAAAGGACAGGCAAAACGAUUUUGAAACCUGAAUAGGUCCUAGAUUUCAGUCUUUUCCUGUUUUUGCUAACUUGGGGUUAAGAAAAGUCUGAUUGGUUUUUACUGAAGGACAUAUUUUUAUUGUAGCCUUUUUGUUAUAGAGUUUCAUAUUCUUCCUCUUCCCAAGUGAUUUCAGUAAUGUUUAAAGAGAUGUAAGGGCUUUACAAAAAGACACUUGAUAUUUGUUUUCAGACAAGUAUACAAAGCUUCCAGGCUGCAUAGAGGGAAAAUGUUCUGUAAGAAACCAAUCAAGAUCAAGGAAAGUGAAGUAUCCAUACCUUGUUUUGUUUUGAUUUAAUAACAUAACAAAUAACCAGCCCUUCCCUGAAAACCUCACAUGCACACAUACACACAUAUACACACACAAAGAGAGUUAAUCAACUGAAAGUGUUUCCUUCAUUUCUGAUAUAGAAUUGCAAUUUUAACACACAUAAAGGAUAAACUAUUAGAAACUUAUCUUGCAAAAUGUAUUUUAUAAAAUUAAAGAAAAUAAAAUUAAGAAAGUUCUCAAUCAAA